AUGGAGGCAAACAACGAACUAGCCGAAGCGUGGGGGGCAAACUGUUAUAAUACUGGUUGGAAUGAUUUCGGCAAGGGCCAUGACAAUCAUACGGGGCAAACCGUAGCAGAUGUGGUACGGUGCAGAGUUAUGAGUGUUGCAUGGGCCUUCGCAAAUUGGUCGGACAAAGGUGCACACGCGACGGGGCCAGGGGUCCACAUGACGAAGGAACAACAGAAUAUGUUCAGGUGUGAAGUGGUAAAUAUCUUUGGACACUUACUGAAAGAAAAAUAUUGUUCAGAGCAAAAAGGAUACAGGAGAGGUGUAGAAUAUUCUCGGAUAGCAUUCAAGAGUAUGCAAAGCGCGGGCAUAAAUGGAGUGGGAGCAAUCAAUGGUCCUGUUAUAGAUGGAACAUGCACAGCAUGUGGGUACGGCGAGAAUCGAAGGUGGGCACACGCGAUAAAUUUGAAAGUAGUAGAGUGGCUCAUGCAGCACGGGGACAUAAUGAACGAAAUAGCAGCAAUGGAAAGGGCAAUGCCGUGUACAACAAAAUGGACAGAUUACAUUAAGCAGCUGGACCCCGGGCAGAAACCUAUUAAGGGUGGGAACACAGAAGGGGGAACGCUCAAAGACCGUUUGAGCGAAGCAGGGAAGAAGAAGAUAGAGACAGCAGAGACGCAGCUGGAAGGAGCAGUAACACAGAUACUUGAGAAAGUCGCGCAAGCCACAGACCACAUACUGCAGCGAGCAAAGGAGGCGUUUCAGGAAGUGCAGAAGAACGCGAACACGGACGCAACUGAAACGACAG